GAUCCUGCGUCGUCUUCCUGCCGAGCCUCCUGCUUUCCCUUUUUCGUCUUUCCAGCACGAGUACGCUUCCCAGCUGAAACUCUAGCAGCCGAACAGAGCCAUCUUCCUGGUCGACAAGCAAACCACCGUACUCACCCCCCUUCUUCCAGCACCUCAAAAACUAUCCACAACAGUCGAGUUUCACAGAGAGAGAGAGAGAGAGAGAGAGAGAGAGAGAGAGAGAGAGAGAGAGCUGCGAUGGGAAAUAAUUUCUCAAGGCUGGGAAAUUAUUUCUCCAAGCAACGGCCCAAGCGUCCUAGAGACACCGGUGCUUCGAGUCCGACCCCUUCGAAGCGACCAAGACCUGACGUCCUCGAAGAAUCGCCUCUUCUUCCUCCCCCUUCGGACUCGUCUGAGAAGGUCAAUGGGCCGUCGGCGUCCGGAGCUAAUUUUCUUCUCCCCUCUUCGGACUCAUCGGAGAAGAUCAAUGUGCCUUCGGAGUCCGGCGCGAAUUCUAGGCCAUCUGCUUCAUCCACCUCUGUGAUUGGAAAUAAUUACCAUGUAUUCCUGAGCUUUAGAGGGCCUGAUACUCGCAAAAGCUUUGUCGACCACCUCUACCAUAGACUCAAAGAUGUGGGCCUGAAGUUCCAUCCAAACUUCGUGUUCAGAGAUGAUGAGAGCCUCCCCUUCGGUGAGAACAUUGCUGCAAAUCUCCUCGGUGCAAUUGAGCACUCUAAGGUUUCAAUCCCAGUCAUCUCUGAAAAUUAUGCUGCUAGCGAAUGGUGCCUCCGCGAGCUCAUUCAUAUUAUGGAAUGCAAAGAAAGUAGAGAACAGAUAGUCUUGCCUGUGCUUUACAAGGUGAAACCCAAGGAUGUGCGACACCUAGGGGGCAGCUUUGGAGAGGCCUUUCGAAUCCAUGAGCAUCGUUUUGAUGAGGAGGUCAAGCAACAAGGACCGACAGCUCUGAAAAAAGCACUUGAUCUAAGAGUAUUCGAAUCAGAGGAAUUUGCUGAUGGGUGUGAAGGGAAAUUAGUAAAUAAACUUGUAGAAAUAAUAGUGCGUGAGCAGCAAGCUGAUUUUCAUCCACAUCUUCCCGUGAACUUGGUUGGAAUUGAGGAUCGUGUGGCUGAGGUCAUGAAGUUGGUGGAUAUUGCUUGCCCAGACACUCGAAUUAUUGGGAUUUGGGGGAUGGGUGGUAUCGGUAAAACAACUCUGGCUACGAUAAUCUAUAAUAAGCUUUUUAACAAAUUUAAGUGCCGCAGCUUUCUCCAGGAUAUUAGAGAAACAACUAGAAGCAAGGGCAUGGAGUAUGUCCAAUCUCUAAUGAUUUCAAAUCUAACAAAAAAUCCUGAAAGUAGAGUGCAUGAUUCCAAGACAGGGAUUACAAUGAUCCGAUCAAGUUGCGAAAAGAAGGUACUUAUUCUUCUUGAUGAUGUAGAUCGUCGAGACCACCUUGAAUAUUUGAUUGGACAUUGCAAUUUCGAGUCAGGAAGUAGGAUCAUUAUUACAUGUCGAGAUAAGAUCCUCUUGAAGUCUGAAUAUAAAAUAUAUGAACUCAAAGAAAUGAACCACAAAGAAUCUUUCCUUCUAUUUAGUAGAUAUGCAUUUGAAGAGGAACAACUUCCCACAAAUCUCGCAACUCUUUCUAGAGAUAUUGUUGCCACCACAGGAGGUCUUCCCUUAGCCCUAGUGGUUAUAGGUUCACUUCUCAAUGGAGUAAAAGAUCAAAUGGCGUGGAGAGAGACGCUCAAGAAAUUGAGGAAUACACCUGAUAAGACUGUAAAAGAAAAGUUGAGGAUAAGUUACGAUACAUUAGAAUAUAAGCAGCAGCAGAUGUUUCUAGACAUUGCGUGUUUUUUCAAUGGAACUGACAAAAGAAUUGCUACUUACCUAUGGGAGGAUCUCAAAUUUUACCCAAUAAUCGAAUUGCAAGUGCUGAUUCACUGUUCAUUAAUAAAAAUUGAUGGCAAUAAUCUAUUGAGAAUGCAUGAUCAAUUAAGAGAUCUAGGAAGAGCUAUUGCCCGUCCAGAAGAUGUGAAGCCUUGGCAUUGGAGCAGACCAUGGGACGUGGAAACUACAAAAAUUCUGGGACGCAAGGAGGAAAAUGAAAAUAUUGAGGCACUACGUCUAGAUGAAAGGGGCUCCAAAGAGUUCAUAAAGCAAGAGAGCUUCAAAAAAAUGCCUAACUUGAAGUUCCUUCAUGUGAAGGAUGUGGACUUUGAUGGAGAUUUCGAAGGAUCACUUGUUGAAUUAAGAUGGCUAAAGUGGCAGGGGUGUCGCAGCGACUCUUUCGAGGCGACCAACUUUCAUUUGGAGAAAUUAGUUGUACUUGAAUUAUCUGGUGAUCAUUACUGUCGUGGUAUUAGUGAAAAUUGGAGAGGAUGGAGUUCAAUUAAGAUGGAGAGGUUGAAAGUUCUCAAUCUUUUGCAUUGCCGUUUACGGAGCAUCCCUAAUCUCUCUGCGUUUAAAAAUUUAGAGAUGCUAAUCCUGAAUUAUUGUGAUGAAUUGGAGGAAAUCGACUCUUCCAUUAGAGAUGUCAAGUGUCUCGUUUCCUUGAAAUUGAGCUAUUGUCAGAGUCUCAAGAAGUUUCCCGAGCAACUAGGUGAACUAGAAAAAUUAGAGGAACUUGUUGUAAACCACACUUCAAUAAAAGAAAUCCCUCCAUGUAUAGGAUCUCUAAAGAAGUUGAAGAGGCUUAUUGUUGAUUGGCCUUUGAUAGGAGGGUUGCCAUUAGUACGAAUCCCUUCUUCAAUUGGUAAGUUGAGAGAGUUGCUUGAGCUAUACUUGUCAUUUACAAUUAUUAAGGAAUUACCCGAAUCCAUUGGGGAAUUGAACAAAUUAAAAAUUUUGAAGAUUUUUAAUUGCCACAUAAAAAGAUUACCAAGCUCUAUUGGGAAAUUGCAAAGCCUCCAAGAGCUCCUGGCCUCCGACUGUCAGCUGAUGGGAGGAGAAAUUCAUUUGGAUAAAGGUGGAUUGUCUUCUCUAAAGACCCUUGAUUUACAGCUCUCAAAAUUUUCUGGCUUGCCGGAAAACUUAGAUCAGCUUUCUUCUCUCGAGCACCUCGAUUUAGGUGGAUGUGGAGAGCUUGAGUCACUCCCAAAACCUCAUUUUAGCUUAUCAUACUUGCGGGUCACCUGUCGGAGCAAUGAGCUGCCAUCGCUCUCUCACCUGAAGCAUCUACAGGAGCUCUCCCUUGAUUCUUGCAAGUCUCUUCAAAGUAUCCCAUCACUCUCUCACUUGGAGCGUCUGGCGACGCCGAACUUUAUGGUUGCGACUCUCUUCAAAGCAUCCCAGAGCUCUCUCACCUGGAGCAUCUACAGAAGCUCAAGCUUUGGAUUUGCAAGUCUCUUCAAAGCAUCCCAUCUCUCUCUCACCUGAAGCAUUUAAGAGAGCUCACCCUUCAAGAUUGCCGGUCACUUCAAAAAAUCCCAGAGCUUCCCUCCCCGCAUACGAGACCUUCAGGUUGGGAAAUGUCCCAGAUUGGAAAGGUUGCCAAAGCUUUCCGAUUUUGAAUUUUUGUUAAAUUUACAUCUCGAGGAUUGCUAUAGGCUGAAGGAAUUGGAUGGACUGGAAGAUUUAAAAUCCCUAAGAAGUUUGACCCUAUCCAUACACACUGGCUCCAUCGGCUACGGCGUUGAUGCAGAAGAUGGUAGAUAAUCUCCAUGCGAUACGAGGCCUUGAAAAAUUGGGAUCCCUCAAAGUGCUGAAUAUCUCCGGGCACGAGCACAUUCAAGUACUGGACCUUUCAAAGUCGGAGCAUUUGGAGUGGUUGGAUGUUAGUUAUUGCGAAAGCUUAAUUGAAAUUCGCUGCCCUUGUAAAUUCCUGAGGUGCUUGAAGAGGGCUGGGUGCAAGUCACUCAGGAAAUUACCCGACUUUUUACCUCACAAAGAGCAAGAUGACUGAGGUUUGCGGGAGUAAGGUAGGAUUUUCAUGAGGAAGCCAACAAGGUUGCGGAAGAUGUGGUGCGAUUCUAGGCAUUGGGGGUAAGAAGCAGAGGAGGGUGGAAAUCAAGCACAGAGAGAAGGGGAAGGGAUUGAGGGGUCCAGCAUCAUCUGGUGGUCUGUUUCUUACUUACAGUGGACGAUGAUGGGACGACUGAUUCCAAAGUGAGAUUCAUGCUCACAUGCUCUGCCAGCUGAAAAAUUGGGAUCCCUCAAAGUGGUGGAUAUCUCUGGGUGCAAGCACAUUCAAGUACUAGACCUUUCAAAGUCGGAGCAUCUAAAGAGGUUGGAUGUUAGGGAUUGCAAAAGUGUAGUUGAAAUUCGCUACCCUAGUAAAUUCCUGAAGUCCUUUGAUAGGCGUGGGUGCAAGUCACUCAAGAAAUUAUCAGGCUUUCAGCUAGAAGCUGGCUAAGGUUUGCAGGGCUAUAGUCGGAUCUUCAUGAGGAAGCCAACGAGGUUGCGGAAGAGGUGGUGCGAUUGUGAGCAUUGGGGUAAGAAGAGGAGGAGGGUGGAAAUCGAGCACAGAGACAAGGGGAAGAGAUUGAGGGGUCCAGCAUCAUUUGGUGGUCUGUUUAUGUCUUACUUCCAGGGGACAACGAUGGGACGACUGAUUCGAAAGUGAGAUUCACGGUCACAUGCUCCGCUACCUAAGAAAUGGAAUUUGACUUCUAACUCACCCUCUCACUGAUUACUUUGACCCUUUGUGCUCCAACUUGAAAUGGAAGAGAUAGAAUGCUGGAGGCGAGAAAUCUGGUGAAGGAUCUUCACGUUAGGUCUUCAUUGCUUCCGGUUGCCAUAUCUUCAAAGUCCAGGUUACAAACUCUACGCUAGUCGACUGUUGCCCGCACCAAUGUGAAAUUCAGAGUAUAGAGUUGACUGAAUCUGACAGUUGGUCCACAAUUGAGCCGUGCCCUCAACCGCUGGUGCUGCAUUGUUUCGUCAUGGAGUCUCUCCCUGAUUCGCCUGCAAAGACUCCAUCCGUGCUAUUUGGGAAGCUUGAUUGUGGAAUGGUAAGGAAGAAGAUCAAUCUAGGAAUGGGCACUAAUGUCAAGAUGAUGAAUCUCCAUGGAUCUGUAUCAGACUUUGCUCAUCGCUUAGUAUGCCAAUGUGAAGAUUGCUCUCUCUGAAGGCAGAUACAUGGCCUUGAUUAGGCUGAAAGUAUUAUCAUCAACGGUCGAAACCCAUUCAGUCAUUGUUUGGUGAUGACAUUGUCUACACCCCAUAGGAUUUCCACUGUAUUGUGGAUAACAUUGUGGGAUCCAAACCAGAAGUAUGGAGGAAGCCCUUAAAUCAAUCGCAUUGCUUUCAUGUUUUUGGGAUAAACAUGACAAGUAAUCAAUGGGUGGCUAGAAAGCUCAAAUCCGAACGUUUUGCUACAGCUGCCAUUGAACGGAAUUGGAAAGUCACUCAUACAAUAAUUGUGGUUUCAGCCAGAAAUGUGCAUUAUUUUUGGCUUGGCUAAUGGUGGGGACAAAAAAUCUGUGGAGCUUGAGUACUACCUUGCUGCUUAUGGCUCUGCAAAGAAGUGGGAGGAGCUUUGCAUGUGAUUUUUAAUUCUAUGGAGAGCUUAAAUGGUACCGCAUCAGAAGCAAGCAUUUCCAACUACAACUGUAAUCUUGACAUAAGAAUAGCUCAUUGGAAAUAUUAGGAGUGCAAAUUGACUUGGUAGAUACUGGUCAUGUUGUUUUAUUAUCAUUGGCAUAGUAGUUAAUGUGUGUCUUUGAAUCCUGAUGAGAGAAAUCAUGUUCUUUUAUUUUCACCUACACAUAGAAUACCAGAAUGAUGGUGAACACAUGUGCCCCAUGUAGAAUUAUGAAAAAUAUUUGCAUGACAACAGCACGACAAAGAUCAGAUUUUGGAGAUCAUUCGUGUUUGCUGGUAAAUGACUCUUGGGGAAAUUGGUCGACCAUGUGAAUGUGAUGCUUCAGCAUCAUCUGGCUUGUGAUCCUGUGGGAAAGAAAAUAGAUAAAAAUGCCUUUGAAGUACAUGACAUUGCAUGUCAUUAUACAUCAUCAGUCAUGGAGAGCUUCGCUGUAAUUUCAGCAAUGGUGUGAGCUCCGAACCAAAUAUCUGGGAUAUGGAUGCAAGAGGGACGUUCUUUGAGCCAAUUGCGUUGCAUUGUGCUUUAUGAGAGGGGGCUGUCCAUCAUAGUAAUGAAAACAGAUGCCACUGCAGCAGAACAGAAUUGGAAGUUUGACCUACCAAGUACGAGAGGACUGCCGAAAUGACCAACUACAGUCCCAGCUAGGAAUGUCUACCAUUUCAGUUGUAAUGAUACUUGGUAACUCCUUUUUCUUUUGUUUUUACUCGAAGGAUGCUAAUUUUCCUCAAAACUUUGGUUGUGUUACUUAUAAAUUUUUCAUAAAUAUCGUGAUUUUGGCUCUUAAA